AAAUACGAUUUUUUGAUGUAUAUAUCGAACUUUAUUAAGAUAAUAUCUUCCACUUUGAAGAAUUCUAUCAAUGUAAUCAAAAGAAUUAAGUUUCUCAACCAAAUUUCAAUUGGAGAAGUCAAAGAUAUGGUAGAAAUGACCUGUAUGCAACAGUUGACAGAUCGACAGACACAGUUUGGUAAUACGCGCAAAUUAGAUCUAUCGGAAUGCAUCUUUGUGUUCAAGAGUUCACAAUCGGAUUACGAGGAACCAUUGUCGGAUGAGGAGGUCGAUCUGAAGCCCCUUAGGGAGGCGACGAUCGCCGUCCCGACGCCCAAGAUCUCCGAGAAGCGGAAGGCGGAGGAGGCCGACGCCAGCAAGGACUUGAAAAAGGCGAAGCUAGAAACGAAAGCGUUGAAAGCGAAGAGGCCGGGAUUCACGGACGAGCGGUACAACGAGACGAGCUAUUACGUGGAGAACGGGUUGAGGAAAGUGUACCCGUAUUACUUCACCUUCACCACGUUCACGAAGGGGAGAUGGGUGGGGGAGAAGAUUCUCGAGGUGUUCGCGAGAGAGUUUCGGGCGCAUCCGGCGGAGGAGUACGAGCGUUGCAUCCGUGCCGGUACUUUGACCGUCAACUACCAGAAGGUGGACGUCGACUACAGGCUGCGCCACAACGAUCUCUUGGCCAACGUGGUUCAUAGCUCUCGUUUAUCAAUCUCUCCUACCGAUCUUCGCGAUAAACGAACAAGCUCCGAAUUAGCAACAACAAAUUUACUCCCUCGAAUGCUGGUUCCAGAGCAAGUUUCCCAGACAAUUUUGGAUGACGUUGUUUUGGUGCACCCGUGCGGCCGAUACCGGCACAACACGGUCGUCUUCAUCCUCGCGAAGGAGUACAACCUGAAGAACUUGAGGACGAUACACAGGCUCGACAGACUGACCAGCGGCAUUCUCCUUUUCGGUAGAACGCCGAAGAAGGCGAGGCAGAUGGAGCACCAAAUAAGAAACAGACAGGUUCACAAGCAGUACGUGUGCCGGGUGGAAGGCGAGUUCCCCGAGGAAGAAGUGGUUUGCUCGGAGCCGAUCGAGGUGGUGUCCUACAAGAUCGGCGUGUGCAAGGUUUCGGAGAAGGGGAAGGACUGCGUGACCCGUUUCAAGCGGCUCAGCUACAACGGCAAGUCGUCCGUGGUGCUGUGCAAGCCCCAGACAGGAAGGAUGCACCAGAUCCGGGUCCACCUUCAGUACCUCGGCUACCCGGUGGUGAACGACCCUUUGUACAACCACGUGGUGUUCGGGCCGGAGAAAGGGAAGGGUGGUAACAUCGGGAAGACCGAUCAGGAGUUGGUCAGGGACCUGAUCAGCAUCCACAACGCGGAGAAUUGGCUGGGGAUGGACGGCGACUCGGAGAUGAGCCUGUUCAAGCCGAAGCUUGACAUGGAGGAUCGGGUCUCGUUGGACAAGGACGGCUCGUCGCCGUCCUCCACGCCCGGCCUGGCCGAGGAGGAGCAACAGCAGCAGCAGCAGCAGGAGCAGUCGUCGAAGGUGACGGUCGGCACGCAGACGGGAUCGGAGCCGCCCGACUCCAGUUUCACGAACGACAAGAUGACCGUCGACCCGCACUGCUACGAGUGCAAAGUGAAGUACAGGGACCCGAAACCAUCCGACCUGGUCAUGUAUCUGCACGCGUGGCGCUAUUGCGGCCCCGGCUGGGAGUACGAGACGCCGCUACCCGCCUGGGCGGCCAGCGAUUGGACCGAGGAGGAGCGAUAGUUCGGGAGAUGGAUGACGAGACGAGCUGUCAUCACCCCUCGACAACCCCUUUUUUGAUAUCCUUACCCCGUGCCUUCCAUCCGCCAUCGAGCGAUCUCGACCAUCGUACAUGUACCCAUCCCUGGCUGGUCGCUGGACUCGCGGCUAUGUUGGGGGAGACCGGUUCUGGGGACCCUCCUCUCCUUCGAGUGGUCCGGUCAGCCUGCGCAGAUAUAUUCGAGGCUGUUUGAAUCUGCCGGUCUCGAGGAUGAUUCUUGGACGAAUUGGCAGGUUCGUUACGUUCGUAAGAUGAUAAACGAGGAAGAUCGAUCGACGUAGAGCGAUAUACGAGAUAGAUCUUGGAGAGUAUUCUUGGGUUAAUCGAUGGGGGGGGAAAGAAAGGAAAAUGGUACGGAUCGAUCCUGGCCGGUUCUGUAAACGGGUCGGUCGAACAGCAGUCACUGCCACCGGUGCGCGCACGAGAGAAGAUUGAUGCAACUGUCAACCGCGGGAACCGGAAUGGAUCGUUAUCGUUCGUGUUCUUGAUUUAUGGCCGCGGAUAGGGAAAGUCUGCGGUCUUUUCUAUUACCAACUGCGAAAUUUUUGCUUUCUUUUUUUUUUUGGAACAAUCGAAUAAUCUCUUUUUUUGCGAAUUUGUCCUCUUUACUUUGGAUUAAAGUAAGUAAGCAAGUAAGUAAUUUUGUAGAAUAACAGUUUGAAUUAUGUAAAACCGUAUCAGGGAUUAUAUCUCUAUCCCUAAAAAGCAAACGAAGCAAACUAUCUCUAUUCUUCCUUAAUUGCACUCGUGUAUCUCUUGAUCGAACGUGAAACAGAGAAGAUACAUCGUUCCCUAAUCUAAGUAACCCAUCAUUUUACUCAACUUGUAUGGAUCAUCGUCAAAAAAUUCAAAAAUUUCUACUUUAUUC